AUGGGCCGCAUUGCCCGACUAGAGUUGGAGAAUUUUAAAUCCUACGGUGGAAACCAUGUCAUUGGUCCAUUCCAACGUUUUACGGCCGUUAUUGGUCCUAAUGGAAGUGGUAAAAGCAACCUCAUGGAUGCGAUUUCGUUUGUCUUAGGUGUUCACUCGCGUCAACUGCGUUCGAACCAACUCCGCGAUUUAGUGCAUAGAGCACCAAGUGAUUCUGCUACUACUGAUCGUUCAGCAUUCGUGACACUUGUGUACGAGCUUUCUACAGACGAGACACCACCUUCCAAGUCUCUGGCGGUGCAAAGUCAACAGAAAGAGGUUCAUUUUACGCGUCUCAUUUCGGAAAAAGGUGUUGGCUCGUACCGAAUUGACAAUCAGGACGUAACUUCAGAUAUUUAUCAGAAUCAGCUCAAGGAGAUUGGUAUAUUAGUCAAAGCACGCAACUUUUUAGUCUUCCAAGGAGAUGUCGAGUCGAUUGCAAGUAAAAGUCCCGCUGAGCUCACGAAAUUGUUUGAACAAAUUUCAAUGUCAGAUGAGUUAAAAAAUGAGUAUGAAAGACUUUCAGAUGAAAAAGAUGUGGCGGAAGAGAGUACGAUCUUUGCGUACAAGAGAAAAAAGGGGCUUGUGGCUGAAAAGAGGCUCGUCAAGGAGCAGAAAGAAGAAGCUGAGCAGUUUCGACAGAAAUUAGAGGCUCUGAAUAAUCUACGGGUCGAGCACUAUUUGUGGCAAUUGUUUCAGGUUCAUGAGGACAUAAAGCAGCGACAGGAAACAAUUCAACACUAUCAAGAGACUGGACACAUCUGUGUGCAGAAAGAAGAGGCUGAAACACAAACGUAUCAAGACAAAAAGAAAGAAUUGAUGGCCAGUCUUCGUGAGGUGAAAAUUAAUCGUGAGCGUCUUCAGGAUGUUCAGAAUGAAAUGGAAGACAUUCAACCACAAUUGAUUCGACUGCGAGAACAGACGCAAUAUGGUCAGCGAAAAGUGGUUGACUCGGAGACAACUGAAAAGACUAUGAAAAGACGAUUAGAAGGAAAUGCUGCUGAAAUUGAGGCAUUGAAGAAAGAUCUACAAGAGCUAGAAAGAGCAAAGAUCGAGCUUGACGCUUCUCAAACUCGUGAAGCAAGUAAAGGAGAGGAAGGUGUUCUGGUAUUCGAAGGUCCGCGUUUAGAGGAGUAUCAUCGGAUCAAAGAAGCAGUACAGGUCAGGACGAACUCGCUACGAAGUGAACUCGAAGCGAUUUUACGCCAACAGAAUGCAGACAAGAAUAAGGUUGACAUAUUGAAUCAAGAGCGUCAGGAGAAUCUUAAGAUGAUUGAAGUGCUUACGGACGAUCUGAAACAAGCUGACGAGCGUAUCAUUAGUAUGCAGCGCGUCAUUACAGAGACGGAAAGUGAUCUAGCUGCAGCAAAAGCGAAUGUACAGUCCACUGAAGACGAGAAACGUGUCCAAGCAGAAGAGAAAGUUAAACUGACCAAGCAAUUGGAGAUCGUGAGCUACAAACUGCGAGAUCUCAAGGACGAUAAGCGCCAGUCACAGGCUGAGGCGAAGCGUGCUGACACGCUCGAGACUCUGAAGCGGUUAUAUCCUGGUGUUCGUGGUCGUCUCGUAGAUUUGUGCAAGCCAAUUCAACGCAAGUAUAAUAUGGCCGUGACGGUAGCGACAGGGAAGCACAUGGACGCAAUUGUUGUGACGGACUAUCGCACUGGUCAAGACUGUAUUCAGUACCUUCGUGAGUCACGCGCGGGUAGUGCUCAGUUCAUACCACUCGAUAAAAUUCGAGUUAAGCCCAUUAACGAACGCUUUCGCAGCUUGGGAAACAACAUCAAAAUGGUGAUUGACGUAAUUAAAUGCGACUCGGAGAUCGAACCAGCGCUGCAUUAUGCAGUUGGAGACACUGUUAUUUGUGAUUCUAUUGAUGUUGCCCGAGAUCUUUGUUUUCGUCAGAACGAAAAGGUAAAGGCUGUGACUUUAAACGGAAUGGUUGUGAGUAAGAAUGGUAGUAUGACUGGAGGAAAGACGCGGAGCGACAUGCGACGAGCUGGUCGAUGGGAUGAAAAGGAGGUGGCGGCCUUGCAGCAAGAAAAAGACGGGCUCAUUGAUACUUUACGCGCAAUGGAGCGCCACGGUGCCUCGUAUGCCAAGAUACAAACGCUACGCACUUUACUCGAAGGCCUCUCGAGUCGUCUUACUCACGCCAAAGCUGAUUUAGUCAUCACUGAAACGAAAAAACCUAAGAUUCAAGCUCGAAUUGAUGAAGCGAGAAAGCGACUGGCCGAAAUGAUUGAGCCUGAGCUCCACAAGUUUGUCGCAGCUGUGGAGUCUCGUAAGGCCACGAUUAAUGCGCUUCAGGAGCAGAUUCACAGUGUAGAAGACGAAAUGUUUAACGAGUUUAGCAAAAAGAUCGGCGUCGACAGUAUACGCGUUUACGAAGAACGAGUGCUUAAGAAACACCAAAAGGCCAUUGACAUGCGACGCAAAAUUACGGAACAUGAAGCAAAGCUUCGUGCACAGAUUGAAUACUUGCAGUCGCAAGAUUUUCACCAACCAAUGCUAGCAGCAAAAGAACGAGCCGCUCAAGAAGUGCAGCAUUUAAAAGAUUUGGCUGAAGAAGAAGCUAGUCUAAUGAAAAGAGUUUCUGCAUUACGAAAGGAAAGGAAGGAACAAGAGGAAGUGCGUAAGCAGUUGUCGACGAAAGUAGAUGAUCUAGAGAAGGAGCUGCGCGAGAUUAGCAGCAAGAAAGCUCAAUACGAGGAGCGGAAGGGCAAAAUCCAGCGACGAAUCGCAGCAGAAGAGACAGUGUUAGAACGCCUGAAAGAUCACAAGACGGAGCUGUUUAAACGUGCCGCGCUGGACCAAGUUCAGCUGCCGACUGUUGUAAGUCGAUCUUCGACCGAGGACAUUGAGAUGGAAGACGUCAGCGGAUCCGAUAACCAUCAAAAGUUGGAGCUUUUACUAGGAGAUAAAGCCACAAAUCAGGAAGUCGAUUUUUCAUCUCUACCAGAUGCGCAUGUUGCAGUGGAUGACAAAGAAUUUGAUGAUAUCAACGCUGAUUACGAAAAACGUAUAAGUGUGCUGCAUGCAGAGCUCGAGCUGAUGCAACCUAAUAUGCGCGCUCUCGACAAAUUCGACGUGAUUCAAAGUCGAAUCGGAAAAGAAGAAGAGGAACUGGACCGUAUCAAGCAACAAGCCUUUACUACUGCGUCCAAGUUUGAAGAAGUGAAACAAGAGCGACACAAUCGUUUUAUGGAGGCUUUCAACCAUAUUUCGGGAGUGAUUGAUGCCACUUAUAAGCAAUUGACAAGAAGCUCAAAACAUCCACUGGGUGGCACGGCGUAUUUGAAUCUAGAGAAUACGGAAGAGCCAUAUCUGAGCGGCGUGAAGUAUAAUGCAAUGCCGCCAAUGAAGCGAUUCCGUGAAAUGGAAGAAUUGUCAGGUGGUGAGAAGACGGUGGCUGCACUCGCUCUGCUUUUCGCAAUUCACAAUUACCGUCCGUCACCGUUUUUCGUUCUUGACGAAGUUGAUGCUGCUUUGGACAAUGUAAACGUGAACAAAGUGUCAGCAUACAUUGCGAGGUGUGAUUUUCAAUGCGUUGUUAUCUCGUUAAAAGACACAUUCUACGAAAAAGCCGAUGCAUUGGUUGGAAUCUGCAAAGAUAUAUCAUUGCAACAGUCGAAGUCCAUGACUUUGGAUCUCACCAAAUUCGACUAG